CACAUAACCCAAAAAAAAAAAAAAAAAUUCUGAGCUGUGAAGCAGAGGCUCUUUUCAUAGACAUUUGGCUCUCAAAAGACGACACCAGAUAUGGAGGCAGAUAAUGAAAAUUAUCAGACUAAUGAUGUUGAAAGAGACAGUGAUGCUUGUGGUCAUGAAUUUGACCAUGGUAGUGGUCAUGGUAACACUCAUGGAUCCUCUUCAGAUGAUAAAAAUAGUGUUAAUGGUUACGAUUAUGAUUCUGAGCAAAGAAAUGCAAGCCGGUAUCUUGCAGUUUUGACAUGCACUACAGAUGUGCUGCCUCGAAGGGGGUUGUUAAUGCAGACACUGUGUCGCAGUAAUCCCGUAUUUAAGAGAGUGCGUUUUGCUUCUGUACAAGAUGAAUGCUUCAAAUUUUACGAGGACAUAAAAGGGAAUCUUAAACCAUUAUUGAGAAAUCUUGACGGGCAGAUUAGCCUCUCAGUAGAUAUACUGAGUUGUCGAAAGUUUUGUGAGUAUAUGUGCCUAAAAGCCCAUUUUAUUGUUAAAGAUUGGAAUUUGAUGAAUCUGGUUCUCAAUUUUCAUCGUAUAAGUGAAGUGGGCGAUGAUUGCAUUGUUGAAGCCAUUUUGAAGGUUCUGAAAGACUGGGACAUUGGGAACAAGAUAGCCAAUAUUACAUUUCUAACUGGCUCAGUAGAAAACAAAGAGAUUGAUGAGAUCAAAGAUUAUGUCCAAGAGACGAAGAAGCUCCAAUUUAAUGGUCAGCGAUUUCGUCUGUAUUGCUGUGCUGACAUUUUCAAACGUAUGGUGCAGGAUGCAUUUGAAGUGAUACAGAUGACAAUUCACAGAUUUGAUUUUCUAAUGUACUUUGGGAAACCAUCCAGUGGCAGUAGGUGGGAUGCAGUAUAUGACAGGCUAAAGAUGGCUUUAGAGCGUGAGGCUAAGGAAGAGUUCAAAGAAGAGUAUGACCGGGACAAGCCAUCUGCUGAUGAGUGGAAGAAAGUUGAAGGCAUUUGUAAACUCUUAGAGAGCUUAUAUAAUGCAGCAAAAGCUGUCUUUGAAACAAAAGAUUCAACGGCAGGCAUCUAUUUUCAGAAUCUUCAAGAGGUACGGGCUACUUUGACCAAGGAGACUAAUUCUUCAGACAGUUUUAUUAGAGAUGUGGCUGCAGAAAUGCAUAAGAGGUUUGAGAAGUAUUGGAAAAAAAUGUUCUUGGUAUUGGCAAUUGCUACAGUGAUGGAUCCUCGGUAUAAGAUAACGUACUUUGAGUUCUCGUCCUCAAAAUAUGGUGGUAAAGAUGGCAACACUGAAGUUUCUACCGUACUUAUGGCCAUUCGCAGUCUCUAUGAUGAUUAUAAUACCCGAUGUCCCACUAAUUCAGAAAGUGAGACUCCUAGGCCGGUUAAGCGGGGGUGCCUUAGUUCCGAUGCUUCUAAGCGGUUACAAGAUUACCAGCAGUUCAUUGAAUCUAAUAAUCAACCUCUGAAGUCGGAGCUAGAUUUGUAUUUGGAAGAACCUGUCUUGCCUUGGACCCAGGAUUUUAACAUUUUGAGUUGGUGGAGAGCUGCAAGCCCAAGGUAUCCUAUCCUUUCCAGGAUUGCUCGUGAUUAUUUGUCAGUUCCUGUGUCUGUUGUUACUUCCAUAGAUGAAUUUUUUACCAUGGAAAGAGGAAUCAGUCCACGACGUUAUGCUUCCUUCAAACCAGACUUGAUAAAUGCCAUAAUGUGUACUCAGAGUUGGGUCCCUACUGAACUCAAAUCCAUGGCUGAAUCUUCUCUGGGGUUUGGGGAAAUGCUGGAAGACAUCAAAUUGGUAGAUGAAUUAAUUUAGAAUUGGGUGCAUUUUGUUGGUUCUUGUGGCUCAUACUUUUUGUGUUACUUUUGCUGAAAGGUUUACUUAAUAUGCCUAGUUACUUUAGUGAAUGCAUAUUAUACUACUUUAAGGGUGAUGGCUUCCUCAGUAAAGAAUGCCUUAUUGUGUAGUCCACAGUUGUGUCCUGCUAGUGUCAUGUAAGCUAUUUGUUCUGUUCUAAGUGACUCGGAAUGAUUUGGUAGAGCAACUGUAAUAUGCUGAAGAUUCACGUUACUCAAGUCAAGU